CGGAGGCCUCAUGACCCUGGAACCCCUCGAGCUGUUGUUGCUCCCCUGGUUCCUCCUGGUUGGAGGCACUGGCACCCAGAUCCAACCGUCAUCCCCCUGGGAAGCUUCCACCUCGGCAGGACUGGAGCCCCUGGGGGGGACCCCCAGCACCUCCCCUCCCUCCAGACCUGAGACCCCGGCCACGCAGCCGGGGGUCAGCCUAGAGGAGGAGCCCCGGGUGCCGUCGCUCGAGACCAUGACCCCGGACCCCUUCCGAGGUGAGGAGCAGGCAGAGCUGGAGCCGGAAGUUUCCUGGCUAGAAGUUGAGGAGUUUGGAGUAACGGCGCGCCGCUAUUGGUAUAAGCCCCAAAUUGCCCCGAUCUGUACGUGUGACUUGCUACAGGAUUCCUGCGAUGCGAACUGCUGUUGCGACAAGGACUGCUACCUGCCCAAACCCGAGAUGAUUUUCUCUUACUGCCUCCCAGGAAGUUACAGGUUAAUGGACUGGGUGUGUCUAGAAAGUUCCAUUUUCUUCCUUAGUAAUUCCCCAUUUCCUUCAAAAAAUUUGGUGUCAGUAAAUGGUAUCCAGCAAUUUUGUAUCCAAGUGAACAACCCAAUAUUGAACUAUUUCCAGCAUCUUCAAAAAGUUAAUGAGACCAACGUACAAACCUUGGUGGCACAGUAUGGAGCCACAGCAUUCUUCUCAGUACCUCAAUCCAUGUCAUCUUUUUCUUCAUUUUAUAUGGCUGGAGAUCCCAUUCUGAUCUACUUUCCCCAGUGGUCACUACUGAGUUUAUUCAAACAGCCAUUAGGAAUAGGAUCUACUGGACUUUGCAAUGAAAAGAAUCCUGCAAGAUUCCUGGAAAGUAGAAGUACCAUCUGCAUUCGUUUUUUUAGCAAUAUAAGAAGUAGUUGUACCACAGAUCCUUCACUCAGGGUCAGCUCUUAUCAUAACUUCAUGGUCUUGAAGGUUCCAAAAGGUGUGACAGAUCUGCAAAACAUGCAGGUGCCUAUAACACUUACUUCAGAGCCCAUUUCACCUAUACUAGUUGGAGACACCUGCCAUAAUGUUGUUUCUAAGGUUACCUAUGACAUAGAGACUAAUGGAACUUUUGGAAUCCAGAAAAUCUCUGCCUCUUUCAACUUUACAGACCUGUCUGGAGUUCCAGAAGCUUUUUUAGAACAGCAUAUCACUAUACGUUUCAAUAACAAGGAUUUUCAGCAAAAAAAGUCUUUCUCUUUGGAAAGAAGUGGAAAUCCUGGCUAUAUUUUUGGAAAGCCUCUCCUGGUUUUACAAGGUAAUUCCAGUGGUACGAUGACUAUCUCACAGAGCCACAGUGAUGGAAGUUGCUCUGUGAAUAGAGAGAAAGUACAAUUCGGAAUGAACAUGAUGACUGGUUGCACAUUCAGGAUAGAGAACAGAGAGUGUGACAAUUUGCGGGAAGAGCUCUAUAAGACACUGAGUGGAACACCCAGACCUCUGUAUCUAGGCAUCGUAGGUAAUUCAGAGCCAUUCAGAAGAGGAAAUUGGGUCAAGAUCUUCACCAAGAAUUGCAGUGUAAUGAAUAAUGAACAGGCUAAAAAUUGUACCUCGUGCUGUCUCAUACCAUUUUCCUUGGAGAUCCAGAUAGUGUGGGCUCUUGUAGGCUCCUGGACCAACUCACAAGCUCAUGUGCUAGGGGGCCGGUACAAGUAUCAGUGCAGCUUUAUAAAGUUACCAUCAUCUGUGCCAGAAAUAUCUUUGACAACUUUUGUGUCCUUCUCUGAUGUCACAGUGAAGCCAGGUUUUGUAAAGGCACGACCAAAAAUAAACUGGAUAUUACCAUUGGCCUACUUUAUUCCCCCUGCAAGGGCACGGAAUGGAGAAAUGGAAUCUCUAAGAAGCUUGAGUACUCCUCUUGUCCUUCUGUGUAUGUCAUUACAUGGCCUUCUUAGCUUAGAGAUGAACUGAAGAAAGGAGAAGAAUCACAUUGCAUUUUUCCCUAAUGGGACUUGUAGGGUUGCAUUCCUGCUUGUGCUAUAGGAUUGAGUCUUAUUCAUUAUGAGCAGGAAAAAAUGUUUACAUCAAUUAUGGGAUAAGAGGGAAGGAGUCUGUAUAUGAUGGUGUUUCAGAAAAGAUAAAAAUGGGGGCAGCUGGGUAGCUCAGUGGAUUGAGAGCCAGGCCUAGAGACAGGAGGUCCUAGG